AGGCGCACAGGGACGGACGGCUUGAGAAGACAUUGAGCACCCCUCCAACGGUGCCCCGCACCCCACACCCGGGGCCAGCCAACAAAGGUUAUCAUCGAUCUGGAGCUGGACGACAAGAUCAUAGGGGACAACGCCCCGAGUGUCGCCGGCCAUGGCGGCUGCGGCGCCCUCGUCGCUCUUCCUGCGGUUGGUCAACACGUGGAGGCUUCUGGCCCUCCGCAGCGACAUCGACGACCUUGUGUUGGAACUGCUAGGCCGCUUUUCCCUCGAGAAGAUAUACGCCGGCGCGGACCGCGAUAUCUACCAACAACUCGUCAUCACCCUGCUCGCCCAGCUCAAGGCCAUCUUCGACCUCCAACGGCUGACCAUUCCCUCCGAGACCACCCAUGUCGGUUGGUACCUCGGCUUUCUUGUUAGCUGGGAGGUCGCGCUUCGCUCCGUCGAAUUCGUCCUCCAGACCGUCUCCGAAGGCCGCGAGUGUCUCUGGGAACAUCGUCAGCUGCGCGACAAAUAUCUCGCCGAGUUUCUCCUCUCGGCCCUCCGUGUCGUGUCCCUCCACCCGAAGGCCCCGACAACCCAGCGCGCCCGUGACCGCCGCGACCGCUUUGCACGCAUCCAUGGGUCCUUAGAGCAGGUGUUCGACAGCUAUCCCGGGCCGAAAUCGUUCCUGCUCGAGGUGUGCAAGGAGGUGGCGGGCCAGUUACACUCCGAUCCGGAGGUCCUUGAGUUGCCCCAGCGGCUCAGAUCGGAGCUACCGAACUUGACUUCAGAUUUGUAUCCCCUUCCUCCCUGCCUGCAGCCAGCGUCCAUAUCGGAACUCGCGCCACCCGGUGGCUUCGCCAACUGGUUGGCGCAAUUCCUAGCUCUACGCGACGUAUGUCAGUUUGUGGUUGCCGCGUCCAUCCAAUACGCCGCCAACGGAGAGACGCGUGAUGUGCGGCUUCAGUCGUCCUCCGCCAGAGCGCGGAACGCCGUCUUGACUGCCCUGGAUAACUUGCGCGCACCGCCCAGCAUGGCCAAGGUAGAUAUCGUGGCGACCUUCAGUACCGCCUUUCGUACCGUCCUCCCGGACACGCUCGACCUCUCACGCCGCGACGACCUCGGGCCUCGCGUGGACGAAUGCGAACUGGACGCCCUGGGCGCACUCUGCACCAGGCUUCGGGAGCGCCAGAUCGUCCAUCGGAUUAGCGAUAGAGAAGUGGUGCAUAAUAUCUCGCACGUGAUCAGGAACAUUGUUCUUCAAGAUGACCCCGGCGGUCGCUUCAAUCCUGCACGGCCUGGACUCUAUGUCGUGAAUUGCCCUGAGUGUCAUCUGACUGGCGCAUCGCAACUGAAGUCGCUGUUCUUACUGAAGCCGGAGGCAGCAGACGGAGCCGAGAUCCGUCUCCCACCCAAAGCAACAUGUAUAUACUGCGGAGGAGCCACCACGCUUGCCCGCGAGGUGCCCGUUGCGAGACAGACCUGGGAAUUAAUGGAGCCACUCCGAGCCGACGCCAACACCAUCAACGUGGAGCGACACUUGCCGACACAGUUCCAACUGCGGCCGCCAAAACCAGAGGCCACCGGCCUGCUUCCUCCGGGCUAUAGCAGCAUCCUUAGUAUUGGGGGGGAGAGGCCGCAUGCGCCAGAAAUGUUGAGCUCCGGUCCGAUGAAGCCGGGACUGCCAAGCCCGGUGUUUGGUGACUUGACCGCGACUGGCUACCCGGGCCUAGUGUCUCCUCAAUCUCCCGGCCCCUAUCAGUCGUCCAUGCCCUGGCGGAGCGAGCAGUCACGUCCCGGAGGUUUAGCUGACCAAAGAAGGGCGGCGGAAGCAGCAGAGCCGACUCUCGCUCACCCUGAUCCUAACUUCCUGACAGAUCCUCCCCCCUUCUCACACGACUCGCCGGUCUUACGCAGGGAAACAGGGGUUGACGAGGUUCCGUCGGUACACACCCCCAGAACAGUCCCUGUAAUUCCGGCGAGCGACAAGGGGAAGUCCAGGUGGAGACUGAAGUUCCCAACGUCGAAGAAACCCUCGACCGGGGCUUCUGGGGAUUCGAGCUCUAUCUCGUCAACGGCACUGGAAGCUCAGAAGCUGGAGGAGAUAUCCCUGUCCACACUGAUCAGCACGCAAAAGACGCAUAUACGAGGCAAGGCAUGCAAAAGCGUAAAUGUCUACCUUUCUCAGAACUCCACGCUUGCUCUAUUCUGGACCCAGCUCGUGAUUCAUGUAUGGGAUGUCGGCACGUCACCACCCACCCUGAUACGAGCCUUGUUACCGGAGAGCACUUGCAUACAUGCUGUUGUCGCCAAAACACGGCUAGCUUACAUCAUUGGGACCAGAGACCAAAAACUAACCCUACGGGUCGUCAGUCUGGUCCAGCCCACAGCACCCAUUGUGGAGUACCGCAUACCAUCCUCACUGUGGUGCAAGAGCAUGGCUAUUGACAGACAAGAGAACUACGUGGUGGUAGGGUUUGAGAAUGCCACCGUUCGCUUUUUCAAUGCAAGCAGUGCGGGGCAACCUCGGGAAGACCGCCUCCACGCGCUCUUCCACAGCGACUGCAAAGCCUGUCCGUCUGUUGAUACGCUGGCCUUUUCCGAUGACGGGCUAGUUCUGCUUGCGAGCACCCGGGGCCACAAAACAGGCCUCAUACAAAUAUACUCGUGGCGAUUUCCCUUCCACACCUUCCAGGAGCUGACCACCUGUCGCUAUGCGGUACCCCUACACGAAUCCGAGGACAACGGUGUCUCCUCUGCGAUAUUUCGACCCGGUGUCCACGGCGAAGAAAACUUGGUCUGCAUAACUACGUGGACCCAGUCAGGCGCGCCCGUGUUGAUCCAGCCCCAAGACGGACACCGGAGUGAAAUACGGACCGAUGUGUCAGGUCGGCACAGCAGCAAGCUCGGGAAUCGCAUACAGUGCGCUGCGUUCUCGCCGUCAGGGAGAGAGCUCGUCAUAGUCAACGACAAGGGCCACGUUUUCCAGGUGUCCAAUCUGAAUUCCAGCCCCAUGGACAUCCGCCGAAUCGCAAAUUCCAAAGAACUUACCGCAAAGUCCGACUCAUUCGCCAUGUCGUUCAUGACCCUGUCCGACGACGACCAUGUUGUCCUCGCAUGGGCCGACUCAUCUAGAGCUACCGGCUGGGUCAAAAAGAUACCUGCAGUGUCGAGGAGUCACUUUAGUGGCAUGGAUACACCAGGGCUAGUCUACGAAACAGCCCCCUUUGCCGCAACAAGAGAGCAUUCAGAGCAGCUGAGGCCACUAGCUGAGCUCGCUGCAACCGAGGAGGUUGUACCGACAGCAGAGAAAGGCAGCAAGAAUUCAGAGCAAGCAUUAUAAUCAUGAUUUUAUAGGCCACCUACUAGACUAUAGAUAGUUUAAUGGAUAUAUUACCUAUAUAGUGAUGUUAUAAGCGGUAGUUAUUGCUAUAAACUAAUAGUUAUAACAAUAAUAAAGUACUUACUAAG